ACUAGUGUCAGCAGGUCCUCUAAACGGAAGUCAACUUUACACUUCUAUCGCGCAACACCAAAUUCGAUAGCAAAUAUGGCGCCCAAGUCGUUCCAAACCGUCGCCCUUAUGCCCAUCAUCUUCGGCCUCAAGAAUGCCGCCGCUCUGAUCCGCAAAGGCGAAGCACACGCCAAAGCCAAUAACAUCGAUCCGGCCAACUACCUCACUGCACGUCUCCACCCCGAUAUGGACGACUUGUGCUACCAAGUGUACCGCUUCACCGAAACAGCGAAACACAUCGUGGAACGCUCCAACCCAUCAGCCCCAACUAUCAGCCUGACUGAUGACGAAAAGACCUUCUCUGAACUUCUAGCGCGUAUCCAGAAGACCCUCGAGUACAUCGAGAGCAUUGAAGUUGAGACCCUCGAUGGCAGGGAGGACCAUGAGGUUGUGCUUCAUCUUGCAAAGCACCUGCCGAAGGGUCCAGCUGAGGUCAGGUCUACCGUGUUCGAGUACGUGCUGCGGCAGGCGCAUCCGAACUUCUGGUUCCAUGUUACGACUAUGUAUGAUAUAUUCAGGCACAAAGGGGUUCCACUGGGGAAAACGGACUUUUUGAAUGGAGCGGGACUGAUACCAGUCAAGUGGCUUGGAGCGAACGUAUAGCUCGACAUCCGGU